AUGGACGCGCGACAUAAUUCGUUUGUCGGCAAACGGUGGCCGGGCUGUUUUUACGCGUUCACUUCGUACGCCCUAUUUCUUGGACUAACGCCUUUUGCUUUCGUAAUAGCAUCGGACCCUCAGAUUAAAUGUUUGGAACAUGGACGAUUUUAUAGAGAUCCGGACCGACCGACGCACAAAAUUUGGACAUCGUAUGAAUGUUCCAAGUAUUAUCUUUGUCUCGAAGGCGAAGUAUUCAAUUUCCAGUGCUCAUCAGGACUACUGUUUGACGUCAACAGACAGAUUUGUGAUUUUAAAUUGAAUGUUGAUAAUUGCGAUAUAACUACAGAAGCGGUCAUCCCCAAACCACUCCUGGACAAGGCGAAGUGUCCUGACAAAAAUUACCUGGGAUGUGCUGACGGCACUUGUCUACCACAGGAAUAUUUCUGCGACGGAUCUACGGAUUGCGUAGACGGAAGUGACGAAGGUCACUGCGAUUCACAGCAGGACCCAAAUGCCGCUCCCGCUUGCAAUCCUGCUAACUGCACACUGCCAGAUUGUUUCUGCUCUAAGGACGGGACUCGUAUUCCCGGAGAGCUGAGGCCAUCUGAAGUACCUCAAAUGGUUAUACUAACAUUCGAUGAUGCAAUUAAUGAGGAUAAUUUUAAUUUAUACGAAAAAACAUUAUUUCCCGAUAACAGACAAAAUCCUAACGGCUGUCCCAUUAAAGCCACCUUUUACGUCAGUCAUCAAUAUAAUAAUUACCAUCAGACUCAAAGUUUAUGGAACAAAGGACACGAAAUCGGAAUACAUUCCAUAACACACCGAGGACCAGAGGACUGGUGGUCCAAUAAUGCGACAAUAGAAGACUGGUUCGACGAAAUGGUUGGUGAAGCGAAUAUCUUGCACAAGUUCGCACACGUGAGAAUGGAAGAUGUGAGAGGCCUAAGAGUGCCGUUCUUAAGAGUAGGUUGGAACAGGCAGUUUCUGAUGAUGAAAGAAUUCGGAUUUUUAUAUGACAGCUCCAUGGUAGCACCGUUCUCCAAUCCUCCAUUAUGGCCGUACACUAUGGAUUAUAAAAUCCCUCACAGUUGUACAGGCGUCAAACAAAAAUGUCCGUCUAGAUCAUAUCCGGGUAUUUGGGAAAUGGUCAUGAAUCAGUUGGAGGUAAACGAUUACACUUGUGCAAUGGUGGAUUCUUGUCCACCAAAUUUAACGGGGGAGGAAGUUUACAGAAUGCUAAUGCACAACUUCAAAAGGCACUAUAUGACUAAUCGAGCUCCUUAUGGUUUAUAUUUUCAUUCCACGUGGUUCAAAAAUCCGGAGUACUUAACAGCAUUUCAGACAUUCGUGGAUGACGUCCUAAAACGAAACGACGUAUGGUUUGUCACCAACUGGCAAGCAAUCCAGUGGAUGCGUCGACCAGUUCCCAACAACGAGCUACAUAAAUUCAUACCAUGGUCCUGCAAAAAGCAAAUCGAUCCCUCAGAGGUAGCUUGCAGCAUACCAAACGUUUGCAAGCUUCACAGCAGGGUCUUCCAACAAGACAGAUACUUCCAUACAUGUUCAACGUGUCCGCCCAAAUAUCCCUGGAUUAGAAACGAAUUUGGAUUAGACUAAAAAAAAUUUCUGGUGUAUAUGCGGGACUCGUUGACUGAUUUUAAGAACCUGUGAAAAUACCAGAUAUAAUUGUUAAUUAUCUGUAUUUAUUGAGGCAUUAGGUUUUGUACUGAGAUUUUAUAUUUUUAUUUAUUGAUUAAAUUUUUGAAUUACACUUGAGUGUUAUAUGUGAUGGCCAAUUAUUUUGGACGAUGACAACACUCAUUUAUACAGGGUGUUCCAAAAACGAACAAACGAUAAAUUAUAAAGGUACCUUUUAUGAAA